UGCACUUUGGUUUCCUCACUGGAGUUAACGCAGACAAAGCCAGCCUUCAACUCCGCCACAAGCCAAGCAUUCGAACAAUGCAACAAUGCUGCAUAUCAAACAGUCCCUGACCGAAAUAAAAGAAAGUGCCCACGACCAAAACAACCCCCCCCACUCUCCCCCUCUGAGAGUAACACUCAAAGGCCAAGUGCGGUGGCCCACAGAGGAGGUUAAAAACAUCACGGUCACAGUCAGAGGACUUAUCACGCAUUCACACUGCGUGCAGGGAAAUCUGUAAGUGGAAAACCUGGUCAAUUUCAGCUGACAAUGUCAUUCUUUUUGCUCCAAACUGAGAGCCUUUCAUGGUGGCUGCCAUGGUAACGUGGCCCAAAAGUCGGCAAGCAAUUGGUACCAGUUUCUGCCAAGGACCAGACUUUACUGGUAGGCAUGCGAUAAGCAGCAUUUCAGACACUAAAUGUUUGGAUUGUGAGAAAGCUGAACAACGCUGGACCUCCUCCUUGUUUAGGCACCGUCGCAUAUGUGCAGGAUGAAUGUGUGGGGAGGCUGUCAGGCAACGAGCAAAUCCUCCCUACGAUUCCGUAGCAGUUCUGGGGCUUAAUCUAGGUUAAGGGAAUGUUUUUGGCUUGAACGUGGCACAAUUAGCACAUCUCAUCCAUGGCUAAAUAAUGCUGAUCCGCUAAUGUGCUUAUGUGGUGGGAAGCAUUUCAUGUCUCUGUCUGGCUGUGUGGCUCUGGAUGUAACGGCAGGCUGUGGAGGGAUUCAUUAGGUACGUCGAGCUACUUUUAGUGAAUGAAGGAGGGAGGCACUCGAUGGAGACAGCAGCGCUGCUCCUCCGACGUCAUGGUAAUAACCAUGGCUACACACGCCAGGGUCCCAUGGCCUCCACGGAGCAUGGCAGAGAGCUGGAAGAGGCAGCCACCGUGAGGAAAAUCGUCCAACAAAACCCCGCGCGGGGCGGUCAGACCCACAGACCAGCCGGCUGGAAGAGGAGACGCCCACGGCCACGUCUCUCCCACAAGGGGCCCAUGCCGUUCUAGAGCAAGGCACUGCUUUGAGCGCCCUCCCAAAGGUUCUGAUUUCUAAGCUCUUCCUUUGCCUUGGGGGGCCCUGCAACGACGGGCCUACGUUUGCCCAGCCUGAAGAGUGACGUCCAUAGCACCUGCUGGUUCUUCAAGCAACUCUGUCCAUAAAAAAAAAAUCAGGACAAGCCGCCCACCCUCAGCUCUAGGAGGAAUCGGGGGCAGGGAAAGGGGGUGGGGGGGUGGGAAUAUGGAGGCCGAGCUAUCAGACUCUAUUUCUCCGUCUCUCUCUUUCUCUUACUCUCACUCCGUAUCUAUCUCUGUCUUCUCCCAAGUGUUUUACCUUCUUUUUUUUUCCUCUUUUUUUUUUCUUCAAUUUUUCUAUCAUUUGCUUAAAUAGAGCCCAAUCACAGCGAUUUCCCUGAGUGUCUCACACACUUUGCAUGACAUGUGGUGGAGGGGGAGCCCGGUCAAAAACAAUCGGAAGUCUUAAAGCAUCUGUGGCUUCUCCGCGGUGAGCGUGGUGUGGUAUUCCCAUCCCUCCAGUCCAAGGUUACUGCAGCUUUCCCGCCGAUUUCACCGCUGCGUAGCAACCAAACGGCUUUACUGCGCAAAAAUGGCGGCGAUUACGCCUAAGAGCCGUGUCAGUUUUAAUAGUUGACUAUAUAACCAAUACCAAGUUAGAUUAUGAUAUUCUGGAUGUCUGCUGCAAAAAGAGGAUUAACAAAGUGUUUAAAAAUGGAAACGCAAGUACUUUAAUGGCAUUAAAUCCAUCGCUUAAUAGUCAGCAAUGGUGCUUUGAAUAAACGACAGUACGUCCACAUGCAAAGUCAGGUUGGAAUGAAGAGAGAGAGCACGUUAUAUCCAAGUGACAGAAUCAUUCCUUCAUUUAGGAGAUUCUUUAAUCCAAAGCUAUUUUGGUGGUCCUGAACUCAUUAACACCUUUGGGGGUUUGACAGACGUGCUCAAGGUUAAUGUAACAUGUCCCACCUUGGGUGAGGCCCUUCGACCCCAAAUCCCAAUCCCAAUCCCGUCCCCAAAUCCCCAAGUCUUCUCACCGCAAUGCUGCCCUGCGCAGCUGCUCUACACGACUGUUAACUGGCAGAGGCGGUCUGCUCCACCGACAGGCUGCCUUUUAAUGAAGUGCCAAAUAAUAACCUUCUCCACAAUGCUGCCAGGAACGAAGGAAUGGACGGUUAGGGAGAAACACAUUACCUCUGUUAAAAGUCUUGAUACACUGUCACAUUAUGCAUUUUUUUGCAAAUAGAAAAUCCCCUGCGAGACAAGGUCGGCGAGGAUGACAGUUAAAUUAGACCAACAAAAAAAAAAACACUGAAAAAGCAAAUAUCAGCUCAGCUAAUAUGCCAACCUUAAUCAGCCUUCCACUAGUGCUCUGGCUGUUUUUAAUAUUCAGCAUAAGGCUGGUUUGACCCUUUGACCGAAAUCUUUCACUAACGAAAUGCUAUGCCUUUCCAUCAUACUGGAAUAUAUUACUGUUUAUGUUUAUUUCUGUGUUUAAGUAGAUUUAUUUCUUUUUCUCAGGGUGCUGUGAUAGAGGCUUGUACUAGAGCAGUCUAUUUUGCGCAUUUAUUUAACAAAACACAAACAUACAAUACAUUUAAAUCUUAUAUGAGCAUAUUUUCGUAUAUUUCCUUACUCUCCCUGUAUGUUUUGACCUAUAUAGCCAUGUAUCCAGAAUCUAGUCACGACGCUUUCCUGCAUUAUGUUGGGUACAGUUGCCUUUCUAGUCCGCCCGAUACCACCGCACAGGUGGUCGUGGCUUUGAUCAUUACGCUCAUUAAAUCCCCGGAGUUAAUCUUUCUCAUAUGGAUCUCCCCAAGGCUGGCCGGGGCCACUUCGUCUGAGCUCAUUGUUAAAUUGGCUUAGACUGAACCCCCACCCCCUUUCCUUCAGCCAUCAGACCCCCGCUGAUUCCGUGUGUAACCAUGUAACAUAUUACCACUGUAACCUGUAGAGCAGCCACCUUGCAAUCGUUUCCUUGUGUUUUAGGUGUGCAGAGCGACUUCCUCGUAGUUGCUUUUUUCGUUUGGAUUUUAUAUUCCAUCAUCGAGCGCGCGUAUUUCACCACAUAAGCAACUGGUAGGUUAACCUAGUUUCCCGACACCUUUUCCCUCUCGCCAUGUCUCAUGCAAAUGUUAUAAUCAAAAGCAAGAGUCCCGGCACAAGAAGCUUUUAUUAAGAGGGCGUCUGAAGUCACAGUGGUAAUCCGUCCCAGCCAAGAUCACCUUGAUUAAAAAUGUAUUAAAUCCUUGGGCACUGUGGAGAGUAAUAAUUUUAGUUCCACCAUUUUUUUUUUUCAUACCUUCUCAGACAGAGAUGUAGAUUUUCAUUAAUGCUCCUCGGAAGUGAGACUCUCACUCUCGUCUCAUGUAUUAUUGGGGAGGACAGUAGGAGGAGAUAUGAGCUGGGGAUGAAAGUUCAAAGCCGUUUGGAUGCUGGAAGUAGACCAGGGCGCGACGAGGGGGUUCAAAUCAAUAUUAUCCCCCCAUCUCAAAAGAUAUUGUUAUGGAGCCGAGCAACGUCUGUAUCCACACCGUUCUUCAUGAAUGUAUCCGCCCCAUCUGCACCAGCCACGCUGCCCUUUCAGAGACCAGAGAAAACCGGUGUUUAUGUAACGGACUUUUUUUUUUUUUUUUAUCUCGGUCUGGGAAUUAGUCAAAUCCCCCCCCCCCAAAAAAAAAAUCAAAAGCCAAAAAACCCCACUGAUCCAAAGCCUCUGCUGUCAACUAGUCCCAACAAAUAGACGUGGCUUCGCUCCGAGAAUUCUCUGUGUGGGUUUGCAAGGUUGCACUUUUGCAAUUCCGUUACGCUGCUGGAAAAAAAAAAAAAAUACACCCUGAAAACGAGAGUGUCUUGUUAUGGAAUGGGUUUUCCAGUGUAUUGUGACCAUUUCUUUCGUCUAGAUUCUUGUCUAGCUGGUUGUCCAAAGCUUUCUUUUCUGAAUACAGCGUGAAAAGCUGUGUCUUUUGUGGAUGUAACAAAAUAGAAAAGUAGUCUGCAGCGCAAUAUGUCGUGGACACGUGAAAGCUUUCAGGCAUUCUUUUCUUGUGCAUCUCAGCCCACAGCCCUCCCCUGCACAUCAGGUUAAUGGGCCUUGCGGUGUGGAAGGACAAGCACGUCCAGGCUCAAACUGAAAUGGUAAACCAAUACAUUAUGCUCGGCGAGCAAAAACCAUUUUCCUUAAUGGGCCUUUCCAGCAAGGCUUACACAAGAGAAACGAUUCCUAUCCUCUCAAUGUUUCCCCCCCAGUUCCUCUUCUCUGUGAAACAUCACAAGGCCUGAGUAACGUUCCUAUGCACUUGUUAGCAUGUUUUCCUGGUUGAGAAAUGUUUGUUCUGAGAACUUGCCCCCUUUGUGUUCAGUUCCUUUUUGUUCAAAUGCAUUUGGUUGCGAGUGUGUAAGAAGAGGGGAUGAGCAGAGCGACAGAUUUGUGUUGCUGCUGGAGAUGAGAAGAAGCCAGCAGCAGGUUAUCGCCGUCGUCUCCCGAUAGCUACACAAACAAGACCGGCACAAAAUGAGAAACACAAGGUUUUAAGGUGUUUUUAUUUUUUAUUUUUUUAAUCCGACAUGUCAUUUUAAACUCUACCAGAUCAAAUUUAUUUAAAAUGACAAAAAAAAAAACC